UCGAAAAUUCUGAUUUGAUCUUUUCAUCAUCAUCAUUACCCCAGUGCCGCAAAGGCUCCCAUCAUUCCAGGCACUUUCAGUUAUAAAAGACGAAAAUCUAUAUAGAGAUCGCAUUCCUCUGAACUACCCAAAUAUUCUGGAUUGAAUAAACAAAUUAUGUGUUUGUUAGAUCAACUUUUACAUAAGGAGCAGCAUCAGCAUAUUGUCAUGAGAAGGAAUGACAAAUGGGUGUGCAGAGAUCACAGUAUUUGAGCAUUUGGCGCCAAUUUAUCCAAUUGAACUAUUUGAUAGAAGAAAAAAUUGAAAGUUGUAGAGCGACUAGAGAUCUGAGAAGUUGUGAGCGUAAUGGAGGUGUUCUAAGAUCGUGUACGCAUGCACCGUUAUGCGAUAUUUCAAUCGAAAUAGGGGGAAUGGCUAGCAGUUGCCCAUUUCAAAUGGACUGUUUUGACGAGAGAUGGAGGGACAUUAUUGACGAUUUUGCUGCCACAUUUUGUGUUUUAUGGUACUCCGUAUUGGAAUCCUAUGUAUAUUUCCUGUUGGAUGAUCACACUGAUGAAGGUUUGCAAGAAGCUUCUCAUCUUCUCCCUGAAAUCUCGAGUGUCAGUGUUCAUCCUAAAGUGGCAUUGGUUCUUUUAUAGAGGAAAAAUCCUGAUGCGGCUCUUGUAGUGACGGGCACUUUGUCACGGUGCGUCAAAAUAAAUUCAAUACUAGCACUAAUACGUAGUAUAGUGAAGUAGAGUUCGUAUCCACAGGGAAAGGAAUAAUUCUCUUUUUAUGUAACUAAUAAAUAAGUAGGGGGG